GCACAACGUCCGAAACCACACAUCACUGAAUUUUCUUGAAAUGAAAUUCAAAUUUAGUUAGCAAAAUAAUACAAUGACGUCGCGAUCAAUUGAAAUUCGCAGUGUGAUCUUUUUGAUAUUUUUCAUUUUGCAUCAAAUAAGCUCCUUCCAAGUGCCAGUUAAACGUUUAAAAAGCAAUGACCUGCAUAAAUUUCGAAUUCCGAGAGCCGAUAAGAUGCGCAGGUAUAUGAAUGACUCAGUCGAUCCAUGUUUUGAUUUUUAUGAAUUUGCAUGUGGAAACUGGCAGAGUGAAUAUCCAGCAACUCAGGACAAUCCAAGUACCUCGCCAAUGAAGGAUUUAGAGGAUACUGUUAUCAAAGAGCUUCAAGUCAUUCUCGAAGACGGUGUUAGAACAACCGAUGGUAAAAUUGGACGAUUAGUCAAGGAUUUCUAUGCGUCCUGCAUGGACAGUGAAAGUGCUUCGCAAACAAUCAAGGGAGUUUUCUCGGAGUUUGUGCACAAAAAUCUAGGAAUGCCGGCGGUGGCAGAUCGUUGGGAUGAACGAAACUACAACUGGGUUACACAAGUAAGUAACCUUAGGAAGCAAUAUGGAAUGGAUAUCUUGAUAGGGCUGAAUAUCAGACCAGACUUGAAAGUCAGGCAGGACAGCCGCAUUUAUAUUGGAGAACCUUCAACCCUGAUUCCAAGACAUAUUUGCAGAGAAGGCGAUUUCAAACACGAGAAAUACGUUGAACUGGAGGCGGAAAUAGCAGAUAACAUGGCCUAUUGGUUCAAUAUAGACAAAAGUGAGGGUACAAUAUUUGCCAAUAAUGUGCUGAACUUCGAGACGAACUUGUGCCGUGGGAUGGCUGAGGAAGAAGGGCCCGAUGUCUUUCCGAAUACAACUCGGAUGACAUUGUAUGAUUUAAAUGCAACAUUUCCCAGCAUGAAGUUCAUCAAUUUCGUGACAACAAGUUUGGGACAUUCGAUCCAUCAGACGAUUUAUCUGCAACAUGGAAUGUACUUCGCUCACCUGUCAAAGUUGCUUCCGUCAACUUCGAAGCGUCUGAUUGCGAACUACAUCAUGUAUCGCGCUUUGAAUGCCAUCAGCUUUCCAGAACAGCAAAACAGAGAAAAACGUGCGACCAUGUGUGUGGAAAAGUGUAUGCAACAUUUUUCGAAAGCAGUUGGAGAAAUGUUCAGUAAGGAGAAUUUCCACGCGGAAACGCAGGAGGAGGUAGAGCAGCUGUGGAUCAAUCUGACAGAAGCCUUCAAAAAUAACAUAGCCAGUCAGCUGUGGAUCGAGGAGACCACCCGCAGGCAGGCCGUUUACAAGAUAAACAAAAUCAAGCUCAAGUUUCCGAACUAUUACCAGGAUUACCUCCUCAAUGAGUACGGCUCUGUAAAGAUUGAUAAGAAACACUUUUGGCAGAAUAUCCUCAACAUCCUGGAGCUGGAGCAAAAGAAUGAAAUUAACAAACUCUAUGCCAACGGCGGCGGCAGUGGUGGUGGUGGUGGCGGGGACGGAUUGAAGAGUGCAGGUGGGAAGGAAGUUGAGGCUUUCAAUAUUAAUGUGGGAUACAGCCCCUCACAAAACACAAUUCGAAUUCCUCUUGGUUUACUUCAACCACCGGUCUACCAUCGGACUGCUCCGUUUUCGUAUAAGUUUGGAAUUCUCGGCUACUUCAUUGCUCGAGAACUGGUGCAUGGAUUCGAUGAGAACGGUUGGAAUUUCGAUGAUGCCUCAGCUUUGCGUUUAUGGUGGGAUUCUGAUACAACAGUCGAGUACAAAGAGCGAGCAACAUGCUUUCGUGAGCAAUACGUGAGUUAUGCUGGGGAGGAUUCAGGUAUGUCGGCGGGAGAACUAGACGAGAAUAUACGAGAAAUCAUAGCUGGCAAUGGAGCGUUGAAUAUAUCAUUCCAUGCAUAUUUACAAUGGCUUCAAAAAACCGACGAUCCACAUAUUUUAUACGAUGAAACUCUUUCGGAAGUGGACUACACUAAUACUCAGUUGUUCUUUAUAUCGUUUGCACAGAAUUUCUGUAGUGCAACUUAUUCCGAAGAGGAGCCGGUAGGGUUGUUCCCAUGGGAUGUUCCGAAUUAUAUGGAGAAAUUUGAUGUCAAUGGAUUGCUUUGGAAUAUGAAAGAGUUUUCGAGGGAAUUUAAUUGCCUGCCCGGUACUGAAAUGAAUCCUGGCGAUAAAUGUGCUAUAUAUUGAUCUUUUCAUUAACGUUUCAAAUAAACAUAAACUAAUUUUUUUAAA